UGUGCGUGCUACAAUCUACGGGUGCAAGUGUAUGGGUGCAAUUGUUCGUGAGUGCAAAUGUUCGUGGAUGCAGGUGCAAUUGUCUUGGGUGCAAAUGUUUGUUCCACCCUCGCUAUUACAAUCACUCCCUAGGACCCGAUUGCGCACACAGGUCCGUCAUUCCCCUACGAGGAGUCAUAGCAAAGGUGCUUUGAUAUAUGACAACGAGUUCGAUAGUGCAGACUCUACUGCGGACUGGGUCAUUGAAGUAACUGGAAAUCCCCAUAACAACGAACUCCAGUAUUAUACAGCACGAGAACAAAACAUUUACGUUGAAAAUGGAAAUUUGGUUAUAAAGCCCAUAAAAGAAAUGUAUCAGGGAAGAAAAUACACUUCUGGGAGACUCCACUCACAAUUUGCAAUGAAGUAUGGGCGUGUUCAGGUUCGUGCAAAACUACCUAAUGGAAAUGGAUUGUGGCCUGCUAUUUGGAUGAUGCCUCGUGACAACGUAUUUGGAACAUGGCCUAAGAGUGGCGAGAUCGAUAUUUGUGAAGCUAGAGGCGACAGCAUGGCUGAGAUCCAGAGUACAAUUCAUUUUGGAGAUCUUCCAUGUUGUGAUUACCAUUACUAUGAGAACAGUGGCGAUCUCGAUAUUGACGGUUCAAUUGACCAAUAUCACGUUUAUCAACUUGAUUGGACACCAACAGAGUUGGUAUACAGCUUGGAUGGCAAGCCUUAUCAUAUGCACAAUCUUGACAGACAAGUAGGAUGGAUGUACGGAAAUAAAGGUGAUCCUUUCAAUCAAUACUUUUACAUAAUUCUUAAUGUUGCUGUUGGGGGACAUUACGUUACGGAUCCAACGCCAACCACUACCUGGAAUUAUCCGGAUGCUGAAAUGAAGGUCGACUACGUACGAGCUUAUCCACUAGAGGACAUAUCGACAUUCAAAUGUGGUGUCAAGCCUACAGCGUCUUACGGCGAUAUAUGUGGAAACGUGGAAUGGGCUUGUUAUAAUCAAUUGAAUGCUGAUGUAAGUGCUCAAUGUACUUCCGAACUAUUGAAUUGCUGCGCGACAGGAAGCUGUGAAAUUACUAGAGUACAAACGUUGGCAACCGAAGUAUUCGCUGCAUACGACGAUCAAAUAAACGAUGGAGAUUCAUGCAACUUCGGCGGUACGGCUAUGCGCAAAUACGUGUUACAUGAUGGUUAUGCACCAAAUCCCGAAUGCCGUAUCAAAGACGACGCAAACAAUGCUGACAUUUGCGGCAGUAUGUUAUGGGCAUGCAGCAGUGACAACACCUACGCAAAUGUCGAUCCAGAGUGUAGUGAUGCUGCCGAUGUUCAAGCUUGCUGCAAUGUUGAUCCAUACUCAUGUGAUAACAAUCGCUUGAGGCAAGGUGCAUGGGCUGUUUUUGCAGCAUACUAUAAUGCAAUACCCUCAGCAUCGAGUUGUGAUUUUGGCGGCGUCUGCUACCUUGAUGCAAUUCAGGAACCUAUUCACGCAAUCGACGGUUAUGGUGCAUAAGCAUUGCGUACUUUGAAACCUCCAUGUUUUGGGGAAAUAAAUCAACAAAAUCAAAACCUUG